AUGAAGAAUCUCCCUGUGCUACUGCUGCUGCUGAGUCUGGCUGUUUGCUCAGCCCUUCCACUGAAUGGAGCUGCAAGGGAUAUGGAGGACACCAUGGACCUCGUUCAGCACUACCUAGAACAUUACUACAACCUUCCAAAAGACACAAAACAGUUUGUUAGAAGGAAGGACAGUAGCCCUGUUGUUAAAAAAAUCCAAGAAAUGCAGAAGUUCAUGGGGCUGACGGUGACGGGGAAGCUGGACUCAGACACGCUGGAGAUGAUGCGCAAGCCCAGGUGCGGAAUCCCGGACGUGGGAGAGUUCAGGACCUUUCCCGGCAUGCCCAAGUGGACGAAGACUCACCUCACCUACAGGAUUGUGAAUUACACACUGGAUUUGCCAAGAGAUGCUGUUGAUUCCGCCAUUGAGAAGGCUCUGAAAGUCUGGGAGAAGGUGACUCCACUGACAUUCUCCAGGAUGUGUGAAGGAGAGGCUGACAUAAUGAUCUCUUUUGCAGUUUUAGCACAUGGAGACUUUUACUCUUUUGAUGGACCUGGGAUGGUUUUGGCUCAUGCUUUUCCACCUGGGCCACAGAGGAUUAACGGAGAUGCUCACUUUGAUGAUGAUGAACAAUGGACAAAAGACACAUCAGGGACCAAUUUAUUCCUCGUUGCUGCUCAUGAACUUGGCCAUUCCCUGGGUCUCGGGCACUCAGACAACUCUGAAGCUUUGAUGUUCCCAGUCUACAACCCACGCACCGACCUGGCCAGGUUCCGCCUUUCUCAAGAUGAUGUGAAUGGCAUUCAGUCUCUGUAUGGACCUCCCCCUGCUUCCCCUGAUGACCCUGUGGAGCCCACAAAAUCGGCAAGUCCUGAGACACCAGCCGCGUGUAACCCCACUUUGUCCUUCGACGCAGUCAGCACCCUGAGGGGAGAAGUCCUGUUCUUUAAAGACAGGCAUGUUUGGCGCAAAUCCCUAAGGACUCUGGAACCUGUAAUUUAUUCGAUCUCUUCGUUUUGGCCAUCUCUUCCUUCAGGAGUGGAUGCUGCAUAUGAAGCCACUAACAAGGAUAUUGUUUUCAUCUUUAAAGGAAAUCAGUUCUGGGCCAUCCGAGGAAUUGAGAUGCAAGCAGGUUACCCUAGAAGCAUUCACACCCUGGGUUUUCCACCAACAGUAAAAAAAAUAGACGCAGCCAUUUUUGAUAAACAAAAGAAGAAAACAUACUUCUUUGUAGAGGACAAAUACUGGAGAUUUGAUGAGAAGAAACGGUCAAUGGAUCCGGGGUUUCCCAGGCAAACGGCGAAAGACUUUCCAGGGGUUGGUCCAAAGGUUGAUGCUGUUUUUGAAGCAUUUGGGUUUUUCUAUUUCUUCGGUGGAUCCACGCAGUGGGAGUUUGACCCCAAUGCAAAGAAAGUGACACAUGUCUUGAAGAGUAACAGCUGGUUUCAUUGUUAG